CUACGUGACUCUUCACCUACCUAGUUCCCACUUCACACAACUUCUUCUCUCUCCUCAAAAAAGCUCAAAACCCCAAAUUUUACCAACGCCACCGCCGCGACGGCGCCGAAACACUAAAUUCGCCGGUCGCCUGAAUAGUUUAAUUCUUCGGCCACCUGAAACUGUGCAUUUUUCUUAGCCAUUUUGAUUUUUUGAAGUUGUGGUCGCCAAUUGCAUCAUUUAACAAGAAAAUGAACUUAGCGGCGAGUCACCUAGCAAGUCUUCUGAAGCAUCCAAGUUCAGCCAUGAACUCAGUGAGCUCAUCCCUCCAACAAUGGCGGGGGAUCCGGAUCAGGGUACGAGAUGGGAACUUGGAUCAAGCGUUGUCGUUCAUGCAGAGAAAAAUGACGUCAAGUGGGAUGGAACGAUUGAUAAAGAGAGAACAAACUCAUCACAUUAAGAAUUCUGAGAAGCGCAUUAUAGCACAAAAAAAUCUCCACCGUAGGCUCCAGUCCCAGGACCUUGCUCGCAAGCUCAAAUCCAUCCUCAUCAAGAAAGUCAGGGGUCUAUGAGGGAUAUUUGGAGGGAGAUGCUGCCAGAUUCAUUUGAGGCUUCGUAAGCUGCUGUUGGAUUUCAAAAGUAGCGUAUCAAUUUUCGUCGAACACUGAACCAGCUAUUUGAGAAUAAUGAAGGUUCUUGCAGGUUUUUGUAGUAGUUGUAGAACACAUGGAACCUUUCAGUCUAGAAAGAUUUCACUGUUUUAACUGCUCAUAUUCACUCUAUUUUACAAAUCUUUUCAUUGUUAUUGAUUCAAGCCUCAGUAUUUCGUGAUGAUUCAACUGCUGCUCAUGUAAACUCUUAUCAAACAAAUACAAGUAUAAACUUUUAAGGGUGCGUCUUCUUCCCUUUA